AUGGUGACUGUAAGGCUGGUUUUGGGUAUUGCUUCUAUGAAAAACAGGCCAUUAUUUCACUUAGAUGUUGACAAUGCUUUUCUCCAAGGGGACCUUCAAGAGGACAUUUAUAUGCAGGUGCCACAAGGCUUCUCCAAUCAUCAUGAUAAGUCCUUAGUGUGCAAAUUCCAUAAGUCAUUGUAUGGCUUGAAAGAGGCUUCCAGGGCUUGGAACACUAAGUUGACCAACGCUUUGCUGCCUAAUGGUUUCUUUCAAUCUCCAGCGGAUCACUCAUUCUUCUAUAAGCGAAAUCACAAUCAGAUUAUGCUUCUACUGGUGUAUGUUGAUGACCUGGUCAUCACUGGCAGUGAUAGUAUGUUGAUUGCAGAAACUAAAGCUCUCUUGCAUUCCAACUUUAAGCUUAAAGAUCUUGGUUCUCUCAAAUAUUUUUUAGGCUUUGAAGUUGCUCGAUCUUCUAAGGGAAUUUGUCUUUGCCAACGAAAGUAUGCCUUGGAAUUAGUUGCAGAUUAUGGCUUAGCUGCUGGCAAACCAGCUUCUAUUCCUCUUAAUCCACAAUUCAAAUUCACUACUAUGGACUUUGAUAAAGCUUUUCCAACAACAUCAGCUUCACAUCAGCAGGGUCUUCCCUUAGAUGAUCAUACAGUUUAUCAGAAAUUGGUUGGCAAAUUACUCUAUUUAUGUCUCACCCGUCCAGAUAUUACAUUUGCUGUCCACUUGCUUAGCCAGUUUAUGCAUAACCCUAAAGACUCUCAUCUCCAUGCGGCCUUACGCUUUGUCAGAUAUGUUAAAGGUUCCCCAGGCUUGGGGUUAUUAUUUCCUGCUCAUGGUUCCUUUCAUCUCCAAGCAUUUUGUGAUUUUGAUUGGGCAUCUUGUUUGAUGACCCGUAAAUUGAUCACUGGUUUUUGCAUCUUCUUGGGGCAUUCUUUAAUCUCUUGGAAAUCAAAACGUCAAGCUACAGUCUCUAAGUCCUCUUCUGAAGCUGAGUACCGAGCUAUGGCAUCCACUAUUUGUGAGCUGAUUUGGCUUAUUCAACUUCUUCAGGACCUUGGUUUUUUCCCUCAACUGCCUAUUCCUCUUGGGUGUGACAACAAGUCUGCAUUACACAUUGCUUCUAACCCUAUCUUCCAUGAACGAACUAAACACAUUGACAUCGACUGCCAUAUAGUUCGUAACAAGCUCAAGGAUGGUCUGGUGCAACCUGUUCAUGUCCCUACCAAGGAUCAGCCAGUCGAUUUGUUCACCACAGCUGUUCCCUCUACUCUUCAUCCGCAUUUACUGUCCAAGUUGGGGGUGCUUGAGCUCUAUCACCCACCAACUUGA